AUGGAAAACAAACCGGAUAUCUUCAGGAGGGAGUUAGUGGAUGUUCAGGGCGUCCCUCUUUUCUGGAGCAUUGCUGAGCAGUGGUCUCAGGUGGAGUCAUUUGAGGCCCGGCCUGAUGAUCUUUUGAUCUCUACCUAUCCCAAGUCGGGAACAACCUGGAUCAGUGAAAUACUGGAUUUGAUUUAUAACAAUGGAGAUGUAGAGAAGUGUAAACGGGAUGCAAUAUACAAACGGGUGCCAUUCAUGGAACUUAUAAUUCCUGGAUUGUCAAAUGGUAUUGAACUCUUACAAAACAUGAAGUCUCCUCGACUAGUGAAAACACAUCUGCCUGUUGAACUUCUCCCUUCCUCAUUUUGGAAAAAUGACUGCAAGAUGAUCUACGUGGCACGAAAUGCCAAAGAUGUGGCUGUGUCUUACUAUUACUUCCACCAGAUGGCAAAAAUGCACCCAGAGCCUGGUACCUGGGAGGAAUUCCUUGAAAAAUUCAUGGAUGGGAAACUGAGUUUUGGUUCCUGGUAUGAUCACGUGAAGGGCUGGUGGGAGAAAAGGGGACAUUAUCGAAUCCUUUAUCUAUUUUAUGAAGAUAUGAAAGAAGAUCUGAAGUGUGAAAUUCAGAAGUUAUUAAAGUUUCUAGAGAAAGAUCUGCCAGAGGAAACCAUGAAUAAAAUCCUCUAUCAUAGCUCUUUCAGUGUGAUGAAGCAGAAUCCUAAUGCAAAUUAUACCACAAUGAAAAAAGAGGAGAUGGACCAUUCUGUGUCUCCUUUCAUGAGAAAGGGCAUUUCAGGAGACUGGAAGAAUCAUUUCACUGUAGCCCAGUAUGAAAGAUUCGAAGAAGAUUACAUAACAAAAAUGAAGGAGUCGACACUGAAGUUUCGAUCAGAGAUCUAG